CCGAAGAGCCAUGGGGCUGCGGUUGCACGAGCAGCCGGCGCCGGCGGCGGCGUAACAGCCCGGUUUUGCAGCAAGAGGGGAGCCUUGCCCGCCGUCCGUUGCCAUCCCUCCCUCCGUCCGUGCGUCCGGCCCGGGCAGGAUGAUUGAGCCGCGCGGCGGGGUGAGGCGGCUUGCAUGAGCCGCUGGGCGGAGAAGGAGGCGGCCGGCGCCCCCACCACCACCGCUGCCGCCGCCUCCCCGGUGAUCUUCUGCUUUCCCCAGGGGGCUCGCCGUCCUCGCUGCCGCUGCUGAUGGCUUCCCGCCCCCGGGGGUGACUCCUGCCUGCUUUCCUCCUCCUCCCUUCCCUUCCCUUCCCUCCUCUCCCCUUUUGGGUUUUGCCUUCUCCCCUCGCCUCGCCUCUCCCCCCCCCCCCAUCCCCCCCGGCCUGGCGAGAGCCUCUCGGCGGCCGACUCGCCGGCCCCGGCGAAGAAGAUGGGCAACACCACCUCCUGCUGCGUCUCGUCCAGCCCCAAGCUGCGGAGGAAUGCCCACUCCCGGCUGGAGUCCUACCGCCCGGACGCCGAGCUCAGCCGGGAGGACACCGGGUGCAACCUGCAGCACAUCAGCGACCGGGAGAACAUCGACGAUCUGAACAUGGAGUUCAAUCCUUCUGAUCAUCCACGGGCCAGCACAAUAUUCCUCAGUAAAUCUCAGACAGAUGUGAGAGAAAAACGGAAGAGUCUCUAUAUAAACCACCAUCCUCCUGGUCAAUUGAGAAGGAAAUACAGUUCCUGUUCCACUAUUUUCCUGGAUGACAGCACAGUCAGUCAGCCCAAUCUCAAGUAUACAAUUAAAUGUGUAGCUCUUGCAAUAUAUUACCACAUCAAAAACAGGGACACAGAUGGAAGGAUGCUCCUAGAUAUUUUUGAUGAAAACCUCCACCCUCUUUCGAAAUCCGAAGUGCCGCCAGAUUAUGACAAACAUGACCCAGAGCAAAAGCAGAUCUAUCGCUUUGUGCGGACGUUAUUCAGUGCUGCUCAACUGACUGCCGAAUGUGCCAUCGUCACCCUGGUAUAUCUUGAAAGACUUUUAACUUACGCAGAGAUAGAUAUUUGUCCGGCAAACUGGAAGCGCAUUGUUCUUGGUGCGAUUCUCCUGGCAUCAAAGGUUUGGGACGACCAGGCUGUGUGGAAUGUGGACUACUGUCAAAUCCUGAAGGAUAUCACAGUUGAGGACAUGAAUGAGUUGGAACGACAGUUUCUUGAGUUGUUGCAGUUCAACAUCAAUGUUCCCUCCAGUGUUUAUGCAAAGUAUUAUUUUGAUUUGCGCUCUUUGGCAGAAGCAAACAACCUGAGCUUUCCACUGGAGCCUCUCAGCAGGGAAAGGGCGUGUAAACUUGAGGCCAUCUCUCGCUUAUGUGAAGACAAAUAUAAGGACUUCCGGAAAGCUGCAAAGAAACGAUCCGUCAGUUCGGACAAUCUGACUGUAGUUAGAUGGUCACCUGCUAUUAUCUCCUAACAGUGAAGUCCCAGGAUAGUUGCCCCAGAAGUACUGUUUCUAUCAUCAACUUUGGGCGUCCAGGGGUGUUUUUGUUCUUUUUUUCCUUUUCAUUCUUGGUUUUUCUUAUUUUUUUACACCUGCCUUUACAGUGCCUCCCCCGUUGUGUAGCAUACAAGAAUAUACAUAGGUAUAAAAGGAGAGAAAAGUGCACUAUUUUGAACGGAGUCCGGAAAGAAAAUCUGCUUCGUUAUUCGCGACAAAUGGUGUCCUUUUUCAUGUUGAAAAGGCAGGUGCAUAUUUAUGCUUAGAAAAGGAGAAAACAGAAUCCACCAGGUGUGCCGUUAAAAGAAGGAAAAGGUCUUCUGCAGAAACGGUGGUGUGAAAAGAAAACCCACAAUAUGAACUCCGAAGAAGCACGAUAAAAAAGGAGUUGGAUACGUUUCCCAUGGUCUUCAAGAUGUCUCAGUUCUCUGGCUUUUAUGCCUUUCUGCUUGCUGUUGGCUUGGGUUGCUUUUCCUUCCUCUACAAGGCAGCAGCUGCGAGGAAGACAGUUUCUACAGUAGCACAAGAAAAUCCUCUGGAUCGGACCGGCCCUGGUUAUUUGCUUCUCUCCCCACCCAGCCAGCCUGCUGUGCUUUUCUUCAUUAGCUGUUUUUAUUAGUUUUCCUCCCCUUUAAUUAUGAUGUACUUUUUCUUUCUUAUAUGCCAUUGUUGUAUUUUUGGAAAUACACGUUUGACUUGAUUCAUAGUGCUGAACCAAAAGUAUACAAAAAAAAAAUCA